AUGACCCACGGUUACCUUCCUAUCUUUCCCCCCGAGUUAGGCGCAACUGGCCGUGCAGCAGGAAAGAAAGGAGUACUUCACACCAUCUGGGCCAAGAAACGUUUGCGUGUGCUGGACGAGGAAAUCCGCAACGAAAGUCGAAAUAACGUCGAAGGAGUCGCCCUUCAUAUGGCCGUGCAAGAAAAAGAAUGGAUCGAAGAAAACUUUGGUGUCCAUGCGCGCGGUGCCGAAAGUGUAACGAUUAGCCAAGACUUCCACAAUCCUUCAUCUGCAUAUCCUGCGACUCCAAUCUCGCCCAUCAGCGGUCGAAAAUUGACCGAUAAGCUGAAGGGACUGAAGCUACAGACCAGCGAGAAGGACUUGUCUAGUCAAGAUAACGAUGACUCCGACCCCGGACACCUCUUGUCUCCUCAAUCACCGGAUGUAGCUGUCUCCUCAUUCAGUUCCUUCCGUAAUCUGGCUUCGCUCCCGAUGCACUCAAUGCCAACCCCAGACACAGCAACCAGUACAACUCCUCAAGCCCGUACUAAACCCGCUGCCCCCGAGCCUUUGCGCGCUGUCGCGCAAUUCCCACCCGAAGCCCUCCAAGAGGCGCAGCAAUCCGAACCCACAGGCUUCGCAUCCAUGAAUUCAAUGAGCACCCUAGUACGCACUUCCAGCGCCGAAUCCGGCGACGAACUCUUCGCAAAAGCACUCAGCCCGCGCUCGCCAGACCUGCCGCGGAGCCCCUUCUCAUUCGCUUAA